AGCAGGGGGAAAGCUUGGAUUUAAGCUUGAAUUUCUCAAGGCACCAGGACUGAAGAUUUGACUACAAGCCACUUUAUCGUAACCGACGACACCAUGAAGACCAUAGGCAUAUUGGGUGGCAUGUCGGCAUCGUCGACACAGAUCUACUAUCAAGAACUUUGCAAUCUUACGAGACAACGCCUCGGCGGGCUUCAUUCCCCCGAACUCCUCAUUCGCUCCCUUGACUUUGCUCGGAUAGAAGAACUGCAAGUGAGCGGCAAAUGGGAAGACGCUGGGGAUAUCUUGAACAAAGAGGCAAAAGCCCUCGAACGAGGAGGAGCUGAUUUUAUUAUUCUGGCCACAAAUACUAUGCACAAACUUUCUGACCAAAUGAUGAAGGGCGUAUCAAUUCCACUGCUGCACAUUGCAGACGCCACUGCGGCUAGUAUCAAGGACCAGAAAUUCCAGUCGCCGGGCUUAAUGGCCACGGCUUUCACGAUGGAACAGCCCUUUUACAAGGAUCGGCUUAUUGCAUCAGGUCUUUCUCCAAUCAUCCCAAACGAAGCCGACCGCGUCGAGACGCAUCGCAUCAUUUACGAGGAGCUUUGUUGUGGGAUUGUCUCCAAGGAAAGUGAGGCUACUUACAUUUCUAUUGCGAGACGGCUGGUAGAAAGAGGAGCUGAUUGCAUAAUCCUCGGUUGUACUGAGGUUGGCAUGCUCCUCAAUCAGACCAAUGUGCCUGUGCCAGUUUUUGAUACUACAUUGAUACAUUGCGAUGCAGCGUUGCGAAAGGCAACUGAGGAGUAACGCCUGUAAUAGAACUUGGCACCAGCCUUGAGUGCCUGUGUAUUUUACAGCAAGCAAAGUGUUACGACUAGAGCUAGAACCCUUGUUAUUCAUAAUUGCCUUGUUGGGCUAUGCUGGGGGGUUGGAUAAUAGAAGUGAGGUGCUGGAUGAGCUCUCCUUUAUUUACUUGAGCGGUUCUUCUAUAACUCAUGAGCAACGCUGGCU